CGGUUUCCUUUUUUAAACAUGGUAUAUUCCGGACUGUAUCGUUUACAAGAUGGCCGCCUCGGUGGAAGACGAAUUUGAAGAUGCACCUGAUGUAGAGCCUUUAGAGCCGACGUUAAAAAAUAUUAUAGAGCAAAAAUCUCUAAAGUGGAUUUUUGUAGGUGGAAAAGGUGGCGUUGGAAAAACGACAUGCAGCUGCAGUUUGGCAGUACAGCUGUCCACGGUGAGGGAGAGCGUCCUCAUCAUCUCCACCGACCCGGCACACAACAUCUCCGACGCCUUCGACCAGAAGUUCUCCAAAGUUCCUACAAAAGUCAAGGGCUAUGAUAACCUCUUCGCCAUGGAGAUUGACCCGAGUCUGGGCGUGGCAGAGCUCCCAGAUGAGUUCUUCGAAGAGGACAACAUGCUGAGUAUGGGCAAGAAGAUGAUGCAGGAAGCAAUGAGCGCCUUCCCUGGCAUCGAUGAGGCCAUGAGCUACGCCGAGGUCAUGAGGUUAGUAAAGGGGAUGAACUUCUCUGUGGUGGUGUUCGACACGGCCCCUACAGGCCACACGCUGCGUCUGCUCAACUUCCCCACCAUCGUGGAGCGCGGUUUGGGACGUCUCAUGCGGAUCAAGAACCAGAUCAGCCCCUUCAUCUCUCAGAUGUGUAACAUGCUGGGGCUGGGUGACAUGAACGCAGAUCAGCUGGCCUCCAAACUAGAGGAGACGCUUCCUGUUAUCCGCUCCGUCAGUGAGCAGUUUAAAGACCCGGAGCAGACAACGUUUAUCUGCGUGUGCAUCGCCGAGUUCCUGUCCCUGUACGAAACCGAGCGGCUGAUCCAGGAACUGGCCAAGUGCCGCAUCGACACGCACAACAUCAUCGUCAACCAGCUGGUGUUUCCCGACGUCGAGAGGCCCUGCAAGAUGUGCGAGGCCAGACACAAGAUCCAGUCCAAGUACCUGGACCAGAUGGAGGACCUGUAUGAGGAUUUCCACAUAGUCAAACUGCCUCUACUGCCUCAUGAGGUACGAGGAGCCGACAAAGUCAACUUGUUUUCCAAACAACUUCUGGAGCCCUACAAUCCCCCCAACAAGUGACUUACCUUCCCUUAAACACACACACACACACACACACACACAUCUAUGGUCAACGCUCUCUGGUCCAUGAACCUACAUCUUCAUCACCAUACUCAUCAUCAUCAUCAGAUCUGGAACGCUUCUACAUACGCCUGCGCCUCCGUGUGAGCGUGUUUUUCUCUCCCUAUCUUUCUCUCUCUCCAUUUCUCUGCCUUGUUUUUCACAUAGAAGCGGUUUAUUUUACUCACCGCCAUUCCUUAUUUCAAUCCAGUUAAGAUGUAAUUUUAUUGUGUGAUGGGAAAUACUGUGUAAAAAAACAGAAAAAAAAAUUGCUUGAAAAAAAGGGUGUCUGAUCUUUGACUGCGAAUUAACCUUUUUUCUUUGUUUAGAAUCUGACCAUCAUUGAAAAGCAUCUCGGGUUAUUCGUUUCUCAGAACAGACAUGUUUUUUACAGUUUUGACAAGUAAGCUCGAAGAGACUGUCUGCUUAGAAUGAUGUGUGGUGCGUGAUGUGUGAUGCCUGCGCAAUAACCGCUUUGUGUCCACUAUGGGUGCUCCGAUCUAUCGGAUCUUAAUUUUUACAGAUCGGCUGCCUCUUACAUAAACCCGAUACUAUCGUGAUGACGCAAGAUACAUUCUGGAAAUACUACCAAGUUUCUUUAAAAGAUGUCAGAUUGGAAAAGGUUUAUUUUUAAAGCAAAACCGUGUGUGAGGAACGUCUGCCAAAAGCUUUAAUACAACAAACCUUAUUCGCCUGGUCAAGACAACGCAAGGUUGAAAGGUUAUCCGGAGAGGCAGCAGCUUACUCUCGUAAGCCGACCCUCACUUACCCACUUAUAGCUGAAGCACGGCCUUUACUCUGCAGGGUGUAAAAAAGUGUAAAACCAUUAUCACAAAUAGUAAUGAAGACACAAAUAAAGCGUGGUUCCGAGUUCCGGCCGGGGCAACCCGUGUGUUUAACCUCACCGCUCCACACACUCUGGAUGAUGAGUGGAAUGGACGGUCCCUUAAAAAUGCAGAAAUUCUAAUAUUUAUAAAGCAAUGUCUACCCUCUCCACUUACUAAUAAAUAGCUGUGAUUGGUUUGCCAAAUACACACUGACUGAUGUGUGUGUUUUAUCUAAAAACAUUUGGUACAGUGUUUCAAUUUGUCAUUCUUUUCAGCUCGUGUAAGAGCCUGUGAUGUUAGUUAAGGAAUGAAAAAUUUUUGCUCUUUAGUCGAGCACAGGCUAUUCUACUGGUUUGUUUCUUUGUAAUUUAAUUGAAAUAAUAAGACAAUGGAAUAUGUGGAAUUCGAUACUACGCAAUAAAUAGAACACUUUAAAUAGCAGAUCUCAAAUUUCAUUAUGUCAAGGACAUUUUCACUGUGAUGAGCGGAAAAGAACAAUACAAAAGUCCAUAUUCUAACUUUUUGUUCCUCUUUGUUCAAUCCCAUCCUUAAAUACCACAGUAAACCCAUGCUGAACAUGUACUCGGCUGAUAGUUCUGGGUUUGAAGCAUUCUCUAUUCACUGUGACCGAAAGCAAGAGAGCAGUGCGAGCAUCUCUGCAUGAGCCGAGAGUGCUCCUGGGAACAAAAUGGGGCGGGGCUUAAAGAAUAUUUUUUAUCGACGCAAGUUCCUGGUUUACACGACUCGUCCGCUUUUUCCUCGAGGAGAAAAAAAGAGCGCACUUUUGUCAGGUUUUAAGAGCUACUGUAAAUUGUGCUAGUGUUACCAUUUUAUGAGGACAAUUACAGCUUCCACCCCCCACACCAAACUAAACAGCCCAUAAUGCAGUGCACCGGAAGUAUAAUAAUUUCCUCCUUAACACUAGCAUGGUGUUUGUACUAAUCAUGUAAGUCUCAUAAGUGACAGAUUAGAUUAAUUUAUAUACAUAGAGGUAAGCGUCACUGGAGAUUUUGCUGAUGUAAUAUUUCAUAGGGACGGUAAUAUCGUUACAUCACACAAGCUUGGAGGUCAAAGUGUGUUAGGAAUCUCUGUGUGUCCCUUUUGUUUAAGCUACCAGUCAUCUUAACUUCUGCAGAGGUGUUGUCCACCCAGUUUGAUCCUACAACUACGAUAAAGCGAUGAAGUUUAUUUCAAAUUUUUUUCAUCUGUCUGAUGUUUUCCACCAUCUUUAGUCGCUAGUUUGAGUUCACUCGACCCCGCCUUCCAAGUUUCAACUGGUACUUAAGUGAAAAAGCAACCACUUAAAUUUUAGAGAUGAGAUUACAGGGUCUGUGGGUUAAAUUAUAGUUGAGGUUGGCUGUUCAGCUACAGUAUGUAGGUCCAGUGCAAAAAAAAAUAAAUGAAUACAAAAAUUAUGGACAACUUAAUUGGUGAAAAAGAUCAAAACAUGUCAGCUUUAUGUUGUACUUAUUUAAUUAGGCUGAGGAAAGCUUUUCACUUAGCGAUCAUGUUAACAGUAAUGUGUAAGUGUUUUAGGUCUCAGAUGAAGCAGGUGGAGGUCACUUUGGGAGAAUCUUUACAAAGCUUGUGUUACUUCAUUUACAUUUUACGGUGUUACCUUUUUCCUCUGAGUGAAAAAUUUCUAUUUGUAACGUGUACAAACUGUAAUUUUGGCAGUUAAUUGUUCAGGAUAAUGCUGACAGCAUUUCUCUUGAGUUGCAUUUAAUUGCAUCAGGAUGUUUCUUUGAAUUCUACUGAAUCGCAUAGUAAAGAAGAAUGUUUUACCUGC